AUGGCUUUCACGAUGCACUCCCACUCGGGGCAGUUCUGCCCCGGCCACGCAAAGGACGAUCUUGAGGCCGUCAUCCAGCACGCCAUCAGCCUAGGCUACACGACCAUGGGGCUGACCGAGCACAUGCCACGAACACAGCGGGAAGACCUAUACCCAGAAGAGCUCGACGACCCCGAAGCCUCCCUCGCCGUCCUCUUCCCCCGGCACGAGGCCUACCUCGCCGAAGCCCAACGUCUGCAGGCCAAAUACGCUUCGCAGAUCGCCCUCCUAAUCGGCUUCGAAGGCGAGUGGCUACGGCCCGCAUACGCACCACUAAUCACCCAGCUCGCCGCGCACCCAAGCAUCGACUACUUCAUCGGCAGUCUGCACCACGUCAACGCGAUCCCGAUCGACUACGACGCGGCGUACUACGCGCGGGCGCUUGCCUCAGUCGUUCCCCCUUCCCCCCAAAGUAGUGACGGUAACGGUGAGGAGCGCAUGUACGAGCGCUACUACGACGAGCAGUACUCGAUGCUGCAGUCCCUCAACCCGCGCGUGGUCGGCCACUUCGACCUGAUCCGCCUGCUAAGCACUAAUCCAAACCACAACAUCCGCGCCUGGCCGGGCGUGUGGGAGCGCGUGCGCCGCAACCUGCACUACGUGGCCUCGUACGGCGGCUGGCUCGAGUGCAACAGCAGCGCGCUGCGCAAGGGGCUGGCCGAGCCGUAUCCGUGUCGGGUCAUUGCCGAGGAGUGGCUGCGCAUGGGCGGCAAGUUCACCCUCUCCGACGACAGCCACGGCAUCGCGCAGCUGGGCACCAACUACGCCCGCGCGCUGGACUUCCUGUCCGGCCUCGGGGUGACAUCGGUGUGGACGCUGCAGCGGGAUGCAAAUCCCCACCCCCAUCCCCAGUCCCAUCAAUAUUCCCAGCCCGGAGAGGUGAAAAAGGCCACGCUGACGGAGAGGGAGGUCCCGAUCGAAGACGUACGGGCAGUGGUUGGCAAGUGGUGA